ACCGAAUACAGCUCUACUUUUGAAAGAUAUCGGCGAAGUCAAGCGCUCAGCCCACUUGAAUUUGGCUCGGAAGUACGCGGCAGCGACCAUCUUCAUGAGCGGCCAGGUGUACUUCGUAGACAACGUGCAUGUGACGGCAGCCACGGAAAAGCUUGCGCGCUUUAAGGUCCACCAAAAGCUCCAAAUCCAAAUCGACUCCGACGUUUCCGCGAGCGAAUGUUCCACCCUCAUGAGUCGCGAUGAUGAACCUCCGACACCCACCUCCAGCAGCCUCCACGACGACGACAGCCUGCCCCUUGGCGACGAAGAAAUGUCUUGCGAAAAGAAAAAGCGGCGGCGUCGCACUGCUGCCCAAAUCGAUCGCAAGUUUGUGUGUUCCUACGCAGGAUGCAAGAAAGCCUACGGAUCCGAAGGCAGUCUCACGCAACACAUGCGCUUGAAGCACCGCAGUCUCACGCUUUCCCACCGCGACCGAGGUCAACUACAUCGCGACGAUCGUUCCGUCUCUCACAUGCCCAUGCGUCAUCUACCACUAGUUGUCUCGACGUAUUUCAACUGCAACAACAUCGCCAUCCGCCCGGCCAUCAGCUUUGUCGUGGACAUGGCUGCUGCGUACAACUCGGCGCCUGCGGGGUUCCUUCACGAAUGUAUGUCUUUACUUGUCGGAAUGCAUGUCCUUCAACGUAGUUUUGCAGCCCAAGACAUGUUCCACGGAAUGGAAAAACUGCGCAUGCGGUCCAACUCCAUGCCCACGGAAGGAUAUACCCAGCAGUGCGACACCCCUCGCUGGAAGAAGGCGGCGGUGACGACGACCCCCCAGAGCGCGCGCGCCGCUAAGUCCAAGACACUCAAAGGCAAGAUGAAGCGGUCGCAGUCCAUGUCGUCGCCACCAGAGACGCCCGAACGAGGUGUCUUCACCACCCCGCGGGGCUUGGUUCCCGCCGUGGAAGCGCUGCAUCUGUCUCCCCACUGCACGUACCUCCCUCAGGUACUAGUUAUCUCAUAUACGACAUUGCCGUCCAUCCCAACCAUUUCUAGUCCACGGACCAGCCGUACCGCGGUAAAGACAUGAGUUUGCUGCACACUCUGGAUUGGGUCGGGCAUGGCGGCGGCGCUGCUGCGAACCCCCAGAUGAAGGCUGACGUGGCCAGCGACAACAACGACGACGAUGCUGCGACGGACUUGAGUGUGUUGCAAUCGCUCGUCGACGACUGCCCCCACAAGCACCCGUCGGACGAGUGCGACGUGAUCAUGGGCAUGUCCCCCGAGGUGCCGACGUCCCCGCCGCUGUACGCCGAGUUUCCUCUGGACGACGACAUGAUGGAAACCAGCAACCAGUACGACAACGACGUCUACUACAAGGCAUCCCCCCCAUCAUCUUCGUCGUCGUCGACCUCGUCGGGGUGGAAUAACAACGACAUGGACCUCGUCUCGUCGUCGUUCCUGCCGGACUCGAUGACGCACGGAGCGCCUCCGACCAUGGACUCGUUCAAUUUGCCUCGGACUGCUCCACUUGAAGCCACGUAUGUGUACUGCCCGCCUCCUGCCUUGGCCGCCGCGCCCUCGCCGUACUUCAUGUCGUCCUGAGUCUCUCGUCCGUAAUUUAUAAAGUGUCAAUAUUAAAAACAAGUCUACUUCUCUA